CUCCCUCUUGCGUAUUGCUCUAAGCGUUUGAUAUGCUUGACUUUAACAGGUGAACUUCGUCUUUACCCUGUUGCUGUCAAAACACAAAGUGGCGGUAAAAUGGAGCUACAGUUGAACCCUGGAGACUCAGUGAUGGACAUAAGGCAAUUCCUCCUUGAUGCCCCAGAGACGUGUUAUUUCACGUGCUAUGAGUUGUUGCUCCGCAAUAAGGAUGGGGAGACUCACCAUCUGGAGGAUUACAAUGAGAUCUCUGAAGUAGCAGACAUCACAAGUGGCGGUUGCUCCUUGGAAAUGGUUGCAGCUUUCUAUGAUGAUAGAUCAAUCAGGGCUCAUGUUCAUCGUGCUAGAGAUCUCUUGUCGCUUUCGACACUCCAUUCUUCCCUAUCAACAACGCUUGCCUUGCAUGAAGAGUAUAAUUCUGGUUUCUUUUCUGAAACAGACAAACCCGAGCUUGAAUGUCUGGGUUUCAUGGAAGAUGUACCUAGCUCUCUCAGGAAGUUGAUAACUUCUCCAUCGGAAGAGAUCAAGUGUGUGGAGAACAUUGUCUUCUCAUCGUUCAAUCCACCACCAAGCCACAGAAGGCUUGUAGGAGACCUAAUUUAUUUAGAUGUUGUGACGCUGGAAGGAAACAAAUACUGCAUCACGGGUACCACGAAGGCGUUUUAUGUUAAUUCGAGCUCAGGGAAUAUUCUCGAUCCAAGGCCAAGUAAAUCUGGGUUCGAAACAGCUACUCUUAUUGGAUUAUUACAAAAACUUAGCUCUAAGUUUAAAAAAGCUUUCCGCGAGGUCAUGGAAAAGAAAGCCUCGGCACAUCCCUUUGAAAACGUUCAAUCGCUUUUGCCACCACACGCAUGGCUAAGAUCAUAUCCUGUUCCCGAUCACAAGCGUGAUGCAGCAAGAGCCGAAGAAGCACUGACCAUUUCCUAUGGUAGUGAGCUGAUCGGUAUGCAAAGAGAUUGGAACGAAGAGUUGCAAUCUUGCAGGGAGUUCCCUCACACUACUCCUCAGGAGAGAAUCUUACGUGACAGGGCUCUUUACAAAGUGUCGUCGGACUUUGUUGAUGCAGCACUUAACGGAGCAAUCGGUGUAAUCAGCCGAUGUAUACCACCCAUAAAUCCAACUGACCCAGAGUGUUUGCACAUGUAUGUGCACAACAACAUCUUUUUCAGUUUUGCUGUUGAUGCCGACAUCGAACAGCUAUCCAAGAAACGUCCAUCUUCGGUGACUGAAAAAGCUUCCUCAACUGAAAAGGUUCCAUGCACAGAUACAACCUGCGAUGGAGCAGAUCAUAGCAGCUGUAAUGAGGCACCUCUUGUUGAAAAUGAGCAAGCAACGUAUGCCUCUGCAAACAACGACUUGAAAGGGACAAAGUUAUAUCAAGAAGCUGAUGUCUCAGGGUUAUAUAAUCUGGCAAUGGCCAUUAUCGAUUACAGAGGUCAUAGGGUUGUUGCUCAGAGCGUUCUACCAGGCAUCCUUCAAGGGGAUAAAUCAGAUGCGCUUUUGUAUGGUUCAGUCGAUAAUGGCAAGAAAAUAUGCUGGAAUGAGGAUUUUCAUGCUAAGGUGCUAGAGGCUGCAAAGAUUCUUCACAUAAAGGAGCAUGCUGUUAUUGAUGCUUCCGAAAAUGUCUUUAAGUUAGCUGCACCAGUAGAGUGCAAGGGGAUUGUUGGCAGUGAUAACAGGCAUUACCUAUUGGACUUGAUGAGAGUGACGCCUCGUGAUGCCAAUUAUACGGGUCCAGAGUCACGCUUUUGUGUCCUAAGACCAGAACUGAUCACAUCAUUUUGCCAGGCCGAAUCUGUGGAAAAAUCACCAAGUAAAACCAAGGCUGAUGAAGGAACGGAUAUUGUUCCUGAUCCUUCGGAUGUUAGUGUUGAUACUACUAAACCUGUAGAGGAGAACGGAGCUUCUGAGGAAACUGUUACAGAAAAGCAAAAUACCACCGCCCAAGAUUCUGCAGCCGGAUCUUCUGAAAGUUCCAAAUCAUGUGAUGAAAUAGCAUUUAACCCCAAUGUCUUCACUGACUUCACAUUAGGUGGCACACCAGAGGAGAUAGCUGCUGAUGAAGAAAAUGUGAAGAAAGUUAGUUCAUACCUUGUGGAUGUGGUACUUCCAAAACUCAUAGAAGAUCUUUGCUCCCUUGAAGUUUCCCCAAUGGAUGGUCAGACUUUGACUGAAGCACUCCAUGCCCAUGGAAUUAAUGUUCGAUACAUUGGAAAAAUUGCUAAUGGAGUAAAGCACUUGCCUCAUUUGUGGGAUCUUUGUGUAAAUGAGAUAAGUGUCAGAUCCGCCAAGCACAUUGUCAAGGACAUUCUAAGAGAUAUAGAGGAUCACGAUAUUGGAGGAGCAGUCUCACAUUUCCUCAAUUGUUUCUUUGGAAACUAUUUAGCUACUGGGGGAAAAGCAAGCACCAACAGCUUGCAUGCUAAAAAUCAAAAGAAGGAUCAGUUUGUCACCAAGAAGGGUCAAGGAAGAGGGAAAGGAAAAGCUUCUGCAAAGAAAAGUCUAUCAUCGUAUAUGAUGGUUGACUCCAACAUUUUAUGGUCUGACAUUCAGGAAUUUGCCAAAGCCAAGUAUGAGUUUGAUUUGCCUGAGCUGUCAAGAACUACAGCUAAAAAAAUACCUGUUCUCCGUAACCUCUGCCAAAAGGUUGGCAUUAGUGUUGCUGCUCGCAAAUACGACUUUGGGGCCACCUCACCCUUUGAUGCUUCGGAUGUAUUGGAUCUUCGGGCUGUUAUUAAGCAUUCUGUACCUGUAUGCUCUGAGGCUAAAAAUCUCGUUGAGAUGGGGAAGGUCCAACUGGCUGAGGGCAUGCUUAGUGAAUCCUACACGUUUUUUUCGGAGGCGUUUUCAAUACUUCAACAGGUUACUGGUCCAAUGCACAGGGAAGUUGCAAACUGCUGCAGGUACCUGGCCAUGGUUUUGUAUCACGCAGGAGAUAUGGCUGGGGCCAUAAUGCAGCAACACAAGGAAUUAAUCAUAAACGAGCGAUGCCUUGGUUUGGACCAUCCUGAUACUGCUCACAGCUAUGGCAAUAUGGCACUUUUCUACCAUGGACUUAAUCAGACAGAACUUGCUCUACAGAACAUGGGCCGUGCCUUGCUAUUACUUGGCCUUUCAUCUGGCCCAGAUCAUCCAGAUGUUGCAGCUACCUUUAUAAAUGUUGCCAUGAUGUAUCAAGAUAUGGGCAAAAUGGACACAUCUCUACGUUAUCUUCAAGACGCUUUGAAGAAAAAUGAGAGACUUCUUGGCCCUGAACACAUUCAGACUGCAGUAUGUUACCACGCUCUGGCCAUUGCAUGUAACAGUAUGGGUCUGUUCAAGCUCUCACACCAGCAUGAGAAGAAAACCUAUGAAAUACUUGUCAAACAAUUGGGAGAAGAUGAUUCCAGGACAAAAGACUCUCAAAACUGGAUGAAGACGUUUGAGAUGCGUGAGAUUCAGAAAAAUGCACAAAAGCAGAAAGGCAAUUCAGUGAAUGCGGCCAACACGCAAAAGGCUAUCGAUCUCUUGAAGGCACGUCCAGACCUGAUACAGGCGUUCCAAAGUGCAGCAGCAGCUAGUGAGAGGAAUAAUGCAAUGAACACGGGCGUCGAGGGUCAACCUCGGGGCAGAGGUUUUGAUGAAAGAGCGGCACGUGCUGCUGCUGAAGUUAGGAAGAAAGCAGCUGCUAAGGGAUUACUGGUUCGUCCCCAGGGCGGAGUUCCAGUUCAAGCGAUGCCACCGCUUUCUCAACUGAUCAAUUCAGUAACCGCAGAUUCUUCUAAGAAAAGCGGUGAGAACGGAGAAGCGAAGGUAGAAGAGAAGAAAGAAGCCUCUGAGAACGGGAAAACAGCAAACGUGGGUCCUGCAGGAUUAGGUGCUGGUUUAACAUCUUUGGAUAGGAAGAAGCAAAAAGCCAAAAAGUAA